AUGCAGCAGACGUUUGGCUGUCUAGAAAGGAGAAGGCCUCCUUGUCUGUCCAUCCAGAAUAGACCAGAUAUUAUUGCUCUUACGUGAACACCUACUUCUUCAUGAUGCAGGCUCAAGGCAUCCUGCUGCGGGACAACGUGAGGACAAUAGGUGCCCAGGUGUACGAGCAGGUGGUUCGCAGUGCUUACGCCAAGAGAAACAGCAGCCUAAAUGACUCAGAUUACCCUCUUGACCUGAACCACAGCGAGUCCUUCCUCCAAACCACAACGUUCCUUCCCGAAGACUUCACCUACUUCGCCAACCACCCUUGCCCGGAGAGGCUCCCUUCCAUGAAGGGCCCAAUAGACAUAAAUAUGAGUGAAAUUGCAAUGGAUGACAUCCAUGAACUCUUCUCCAGAGACCCAGCCAUCAAGCUUGGAGGUCACUGGAAGCCUUCUGACUGCGUGCCUCGAUGGAAGGUGGCCAUCCUUAUCCCCUUCCGGAACCGCCACGAGCACCUCCCAGUCCUGCUCAGACACCUGAUCCCCAUGCUUCAGCGGCAGCGCCUGCAGUUUGCAUUUUAUGUGGUUGAGCAAGUUGGCAGUCAACCCUUUAAUCGAGCCAUGCUUUUCAACGUUGGUUUUCAAGAAGCAAUGAAGGACUUGGAUUGGGACUGUCUGAUUUUUCAUGAUGUGGAUCACAUACCAGAAAGUGAUCGCAACUAUUAUGGGUGUGGACAGAUGCCCAGGCACUUUGCAACUAAAUUGGAUAAGUAUAUGUAUCUGCUUCCUUAUACUGAGUUCUUUGGUGGAGUGAGUGGCUUAACGGUGGAACAGUUUCGGAAAAUCAAUGGCUUUCCUAAUGCUUUCUGGGGCUGGGGUGGAGAAGAUGACGACCUCUGGAACAGAGUACAGAAUGCAGGCUAUUCUGUGAGCCGGCCCGAGGGGGACACGGGGAAGUACAAGUCCAUCCCUCAUCACCACAGAGGAGAGGUCCAGUUUCUUGGAAGGUACGCCCUGCUGAGGAAGUCCAAGGAGCGGCAGGCGCUGGACGGCCUCAACAACCUGAACUACUUUGCAAAUAUCACAUAUGACGCCUUGUAUAAGAACAUCACUGUCAACUUGACACCCGAGCUGGCUCAGGUGGACGAGUACUGAGGGGAGAAGCACGUGGGCCUUGCCACCACCACAGAACUCGUCAGGUGACCUGUCUGGGGUCGCCACAGAAGAGACUAGAAACAAAGUCUAAUGAAGGACCACAGGGUUCCAGGGAAAACUGUGACAGUACACGCACAAACGCCUUCACUGUAGGACCCGCGGGGCCCGAGGAGUCAUCUCCGGACACCCCUCGACAGCACUGGCUUCUCGUCCUGCUGUGCACCCCAUCUCCCACCUCAGCGCCCCGUCUUCACCGCACUGUCCGCAGCGCCUGACAGGCUGGGAGCCGCCCGGGCCGUCGUGGGCUGCCGCUGUGAACGCCUUUGGAGCCCAGCGCGCCCCGGCCUGGGCGGCCGCGGCCAGAAGCCGAUGGAACGCCGCGCCGUUCUGUGCAUCUCUGGCGUUCUCUUUGGCUUCAUUUUUUAAAAAAUUACCUGCUUUGGGUGGGGAUUGAGGGUGGAAGGGAGGGAUUUGGGGGUGAUAGACAUAAAUAUAUAACAGUCACUUCUUGAAGAAGUAUAAUUGUAAAUAAGCCAUGUAAAAUGCCUUUUUUAAAUUUAAUUUUAUAGCUGGCUCCAAUUCAAAGUGAGGAUUUAUACAUUAGAUCACAUAUUUGGUUGGCAAAUGCAGGAACUCAGUUAAAAUGCAAUUGAAGAAUAUCAUCUCCCAAACUGCUGUCGUCUUGAAAGGGAGUGGAUACAGGGCCUGUCCCCGAACAAGCGAAUCCCCUUUCUCCCCGAAGCUGACCUCUCCCUCCCCUCUCCUCUCCCAGGGCUCUUGCUCUUUCUGUCUGCUGUGGCCCCGCCUCCUGGUGGCCAGGCACACUCGCCCCCCAGGCCUGUGCUGGACAGGAGGCCGCUGCUGUGGGGCGCACUGCCGUCCCUGCCCGCAGCUGACCGCGGUGCUCUCUGUGUGUGCGCCGGCGCUCUGGACUUGCGUUUUGUUCUGUCUCCUGUGGAACCGGGCCCGGUGUCUGAGAGCUGUGCCUAAACGACAGCUGGCUUCAGGGAUUCCUGUUUCCCUUGUGUUCCGGAAAGAUGCUUUGUCCGCAGUGACUUGGGUGUGCUCCAUGGAAGUGAGGAGCGGCUGCAGCGGGAAGAAGGCAGCCAGGGUGCAGGUGACACUUGCGUGCUGUGCGGCAGCCGGGCUCCAGGAGAGACCGCGUCAGAGCUUUGAGGUGUAGGCUAGCAGGCUCCCGCGUUCCUGAAGUUGGAUUCUAAAUUGCAUUUGAAUUUGUGCCUCUUUGUUUUUCCCUGAGCCAACGCCCUCGGUUUAUAUUUCUGGCCCUUUCUGCAGAAUUCUGGAAGAUGCCAGGUUUUUUUCCCCCUCCUUUUCCAUAAAACAUAUUUAUAUAUUGUGAGUAGGAGUACUUUCUGAAGAGUGCUUCAUAUUUUUUUUAAUUGCCUUGUUUGCCUUCAACUUCUUAAUUUUCAUGGUUUACAUGGGUGUGUGUAGGGGCGUGUGUAUCUGUGUGCAUUGGGGUUUUUCCGCUGCAUGUGUUGGUUCCGUGGACGUAUGAUCCCCACACACUGUGGGAGUGAUUGGCCAGGCCUUGUUUUUUUGUUCGUGUGCUUGUUCUUUUGAAGAACAGAGUGGUAUUUAGGAAAUAAAUUGCAGCACUCUUAUCGGCUCAUAUGAGAGAGCAGAUGCCUGCCCUUGACAGUGCUGGUAAGUUGUAUCAUACAUUGUAAAAGAGUUGUAAGCAUUUCAUGCUUUAAAACACCUUCACAAGAGAACAUCGUACAGA